GCUUCAUCAGUGAUUUCCCUUGUAUGUUAUUUGAGUCAGUGCCGAUUGACGGGAGUCUAUCAGAUCAGUGGCCGUUGAUGGACCAUCCCUAUGAAGAAACAGGGUGACAAUGGGACAGAGUACCUCAGAACAAGAGGUCCAAGGAGACACGCAAGAGGUCCAGUUCGUCCCCACUGACAUAGACAAUGGACCAAGCGAAGCAGAUACAACACCUGCUUUAUUUGAGGAAGCAAACGAUGGGUUUAAUAACAUCAAGACAUUUGUUGAGGAGGAACUACAGUCGAGCAUGAUGGUGGGGAUGGUGAUUGGUGCGGGCAUCGCCAUAGUGCUCAUUGCCAUCCUCAUCUUCUUCAUCUUGCGAAGGAUCCAGCUUCGAAACAUAGAAGCUCAGCAGGCCCCCAAAUACCGCUUUCGCAAGAGGGACAAAGUAAUGUUCUACGGCCGAAAGAUCAUGCGUAAAGUCUCACAGUCUACCUCUUCCCUGGUGGGUACAUCCUCUUCCUCUCGGCCGCGCCUAAAGAAGAAGCAGAAGAUGCUCAACAUUGCCAAAAAGAUCCUACGCUUCAAGAAGGAGGUGCCAAUCCUGCAGGCCAAGGAGCCCCCUCCCUCAGUGCUGGAGGCGGACCUCACUGAGUUUGAUGUGGCCAACUCACACCUCCCCUCCGAGGUGCUGUACAUGCUCAAAAAUGUCCGGGGCAGAAGUCCCUCACCGGCAAUGUCCACAGGCAUGGAGAUGGUCCUGCUGAGAGUUGGCACUGUUGCUCCGUCCUUCCCUUGUUCCCCUCCUGACCCAUCCUUGUUAAAUGGGAAAGUGACUCUGCACCAAGCAAAAGCUGGAGCCGUCUUGGCCAGACAGGGAGACCAGGAUGCAAGUCUCCACUUUGUCCUGUCAGGUUGUCUGCAUGUCUACCAGCGAAUGAUUGACAAGCAGGAGGCCGUCUGCCUGUUUGUGACCCACCCGGGGGAGAUGGUGGGCCAGCUCGCUGUGCUCACUGGAGAGCCCCUCAUCUUCACCAUCAAAGCCAUCAGAGAGUGUACUUAUGUCAAGAUCUCAAAGUCAGAUUUCUACGAGAUCAUGAGGGAGCAGCCCAGCGUGGUGCUGAGUGCCGCUCACACCGUGGCUAUCCGCAUGUCCCCGUUCGUCAGGCAGAUGGACUUUGCUAUUGACUGGAUGGCUGUGGAGGCUGGCAGAGCUCUCUACAGACAGGAUGACCAGUCAGACUGCACCUACAUUGUUCUGAAUGGUCGUCUGCGUUCAGUUAUCCGCAAGUCCAACGGCAAGAAGGAACUUGUUGGGGAAUACGGCAGAGGAGACCUCAUCGGAGUGGUGGAGGCCUUGACCAGACAGCCGAGAGCGACCACCGUCCACGCUGUGAGAGACACAGAGCUGGUCAAACUUCCAGAGGGAACGCUCAACAACAUCAAAAGACGAUAUCCACAGGUGGUCACGAGACUGAUCCACUUGUUAGGACAGAAGAUUCUGGGGAACCUGCAGCAUGGUCGCGGGCCAUUCUCAGGCUCAGCCCUGAGUCUGCCCACGAUGACAGCCAGUGCUGAUGUCACCAACCCUGCCAGCAACCUCUCCACGGUGGCUGUCCUGCCUGUGUGUGAUGAUGUGCCCAUUAAUGCAUUCAACCUGGAGCUCAGCCAUGCCCUCAGUGCCAUCGGUCCAACUCUUCUAUUAACCAGCGAAAUUAUAAGAGAGCGACUGGGUGCCUCUGCUUUGGACAGUGUCCAUGAGUACCGUCUCUCCGGCUGGCUGGCCCAGCAGGAGGAUAUCAAUCGGAUUGUCCUGUAUCAGACCGACAGCAGCAUGACUCCAUGGACUCAGCGCUGCAUCCGCCAAGCUGACUGCAUCCUCAUCGUCGGCCUGGGGGACCAGGAACCUGCUCUGGGACAGUUGGAGCAGAUGCUGGAGAACACAGCGGUUCGUGCUCUGAAGCAGCUGGUCCUUCUGCACAGAGAGGACGGACCGGGCCCCUCCAGGACGGUCGAGUGGCUCAACAUGCGCAGCUGGUGCUCUGGACAUCUGCACCUCAAGUGUCCCCGCAGGGUCUUCUCCAGACGCAGCCCCAGCAAAAUAAGGGAUGUAUAUGAAAAGGUGUUCGAGAAAACGGCAGACAGGCACAGUGAUUUCUCUAGGCUGGCCCGAGUUCUGACCGGAAACAGCAUCGCCUUGGUGCUGGGAGGAGGUGGGGCCCGAGGCUGCUCUCAUGUGGGUGUGAUCAAAGCUAUGGAGGAAGCAGGGAUUCCUAUUGACAUAGUGGGUGGCACCUCAAUCGGCUCAUUCAUUGGUGCACUGUACGCUGAGGAGAGGAGUGCCGUCAGAACCAAGCAGAGAGCCAGAGAGUGGUCCAAGGCAAUGAACUCGGUAUUUAAAACAGUGCUGGACCUGACCUAUCCCAUCACCUCCAUGUUCUCUGGGGCUGCCUUCAACACCAGCAUCUAUAAAGUCUUUCUGGACAAACAAGCUGAGGACCUGUGGCUGCCAUACUUCAACGUCACCACUGACAUCACGGCCUCAGCCAUGCGUGUCCACCAGGAUGGCUCUCUGUGGCGCUAUGUGCGGGCGAGCAUGACCCUCUCGGGGUACCUGCCGCCUCUCUGCGACCCCAAAGACGGCAACUUGCUAAUGGACGGUGGCUACAUCAACAACCUGCCAGCGGACAUUGCGAGGAACAUGGGUGCCAGAACAGUUAUUGCCAUCGAUGUAGGUAGCCAAGAUGAGACCGACCUCUGUAACUAUGGAGACAGCCUGUCUGGCUGGUGGUUGCUUUGGAAACGGAUCAAUCCCUGGGCAGAGAAAGUGAAGGUCCCCGACAUGGCAGAGAUCCAGUCUCGGCUGGCUUACGUCUCUUGUGUGCGGCAGUUAGAGGUUGUAAAGAAGAGCGCCUACUGCGAGUACAUCAGACCGCCCAUCGACCGCUUCAAGACCAUGGACUUCGGCAAGUUUGACGAGAUUUAUGAUGUGGGCUUCCAGCAUGGCAAGUUGCUGUUUACUGGUUGGGCCCGAGGCGACAUUAUCGAGAACAUGCUGAAGGACCACCGCUCAGCCGACUACAAUGACAGCAAGAGAACUGACUCCUGCACAUGUCCAGCAGCUGACUUCACUGACCUUGCAGAGAUUGUAUCCAGGAUAGAGCCGGUUCAAAGCUACGUGGCUACAGAAGGUACGACAACGUGCCAGUUUCUUCAUUAACAUUAUCUAAUAAUAUUUCCUGUUAAGAAUGGUUUAAAAUAUUUAAACACAGCUUGCACGCAAAAAAGGUUUAUGCUGCAGUCUCCUAUAAAGGAACGAUUAACCUUCAAGAUCAGGUUCAAUAUAAUCCUUGUAAUGAAUCAGGGGUCAUCGCUUUUUCCGGUCUGUUUGAUUGAAAUACAGCAGGAGAUGGCCCUUAUAUUUUAUGGGUAA